AUGUCUCUCACCAACCGCCGUACCAAGUUCUCUUUUCUCUUUCUCUUUUUCGCGCUAGCAUUCGUAAUUGCGUCGGCACACGAUCCCUCGGCUUCUGCUCCGACCCUCGAGGAAGCACCUCCAGGUGCCUCUCCUCCCUCUUCCGCCAGCAGCGAUGGAGGUUCGAUCUCCGCUCCAGCCGGUGGAUCCGAUGCCAAAUCCAUCCUAGCCGAUCAAUCUCACAUGAUGGGAACCAUGUCUGACUCCACCGACGACAACUCUUCCGGUCAGAAACCGGGCGAGAAGAGCGGACCCAUGCAACACGGUCAAUGUGUCACCUCCUGUGCGACUAAAUCCACCGAUAAUGCUGGUUGUGGUAAAGACCUCAGUAAACCCGAUUGCUUCUGUAAGAGUCAGGACUUCAUCCAGGGUACUUUUGCUUGCGUUAAUGCAACCUGUCCUGCUCAGUACCAUGGUGCGGCUGGGGUAAUCACGAGCAUCUGCGCAGUCUCAGGAGCCCCCGGAUUACAGAUCCCAGGCUACGCUGGAUCGGACAACCUCGAGAACAUGCCCACUGUCAACAAUGACGACGCGGGUAAAAAGGACGCGACCAAUGGUUCAGGUGCAACUCCAUCCACUUCGGAAGGAACCACUCCGACCGUAGUCAAGACGGAAUCGUCGCGCAUUCCUCAGCCGAACAGCGAGGUUAAGAACGCCAGUGUUGGUUCGAGUGCUGGUGGAAGCAGCGGUACAGGCACUACAUCGGGUGCAGGUGCUGAGAUGGUGGGUGGAGCGGUGGCGAUGUUUACCGCUGCUGCUAUUGUGGCUUCAGUUGGCGUUUGGACUUUGUUCUAG